UUUCUAAUAUUUGAUAAGGAGUUUUAGGCUAUAAAUAAACAUAAAAAUGGAAGAAUAUAGAGGAUCAGCUCGAAGGAAGCGUUUACAUGUAAAUUCUAUAGAAAGAGUAUUAUCACUUACACCAAAGAAAAGGGUAAAAAAUAUUAAAAAAAGGGAGAUCGAAGAAGAGGAAUCAGAUACAGAAGAUGAAUUGGUUAUGCCAUUGCCUCAUACGCCUAGAUGUCAAGAUAAAACGGCUAAACAAGAGGGACUUAUUCAAAUGCAAAAAAUUAAAUGUUCUUUAACACCACAUUGUUUAAGAUCGGUUAAUAGAACACCUAUAUCAAAGAAAAUGUAUACGCCAACGACACCAACAGUUUAUUCUAAAGGAAAAGCGCUUUUUUCUAGAGGAGCUUUACCAGGCCAACUUAUAGGACGAUCUGUAGAAAGGGAACGUAUUAAGGAGUAUAUUAGAUGUCAUGUAGCAGAGAAACAGGGGGGAGGUCUUUAUAUUAGUGGUCCACCUGGUACAGGGAAAACAGCUGUUAUUACUGAUGUGAUAAAACAGCAAUCUAUGGAGGGAAAUAUUAUCUCUACAAGUAUUAAUUGUAUGGCUCAGGAUCCAAAGAGUAUUUAUUCUGAAUUAUAUGGAAAAUUAUCGGGAAAAGCAGGAAUUGUAGAAAAAAAAGCAUUUGAACAGUUAAAAAAAAUAUUUUUUAAGAGUAAUACGAUGUACCUUGUAUUUUUGGAUGAAAUUGAUUCUUUAAUUACGAAAGAACAAGAAAUUCUCUAUCAAUUGUUUGAAUGGUCUAGCAUAAAAGGUUCUCGAUUAAUUAUAAUUGGAGCAGCAAAUACAUUAGAUCUGGCAGAACGUUUUCUUCCAAAACUUAGAACAAAAAAUGCUAUGCCUCAAAUCAUUGCAUUUAAACCUUAUACUUCACGAGAGAUUUCUGAUAUAAUUGAAAGUCGUUUAUGUUCACUAUCUGGAAACAUUCCAAAAGGCUUUAUACCCUUUCUUCAUCCAUCAGCAAUUGAACUAUGUUCAAGAAAAGUUGCAUCUUCUACAGGAGAUCUUCGAAAGGCGUUUGAUCUAGUUAAAAAAACAAUCGAGUUUUUAGAAAUGGAAUCAUGCAUUAAUAAAAAGAAACCGUUAUCAGAAAUAUCUCCAAACAAACUGUUAUCGCCUCCUAAUACAAAUAAGUAUCCGACUUUUAAUGAAAAUAAUUUACAAGAUGUACCAAGAGCAACGAUAGAACACAUAAUUCGAGUUUCCAAUAUGGUAUUUAGAAAUUCUAUAAUUCAACAAUUUAAAGAUUUUACACUUCAACAAAAGGCUGUUUUGUGUGCAUUAUCUGUCUGUAAAAAAGAAAAUUUGAACGGUAUACUCAUUGGAAAAUUAUUUGAUACUUAUACAUAUUUAUGUCGUCGAGAUAAACUUCUACAUCCUUUAAAUUCAUUAGAGUUUGCAGACAUAAUUAGUACUCUUGAGACGUCUUCAGCUGUUAAUAUCAUUAAUACAACAAAUUCAUUAAAAACCAAUGAUAUAAUGAGCAAGAAAAUAGGCCUAGCUGUACCAGAAAUGGAUAUUCUAACUGCUAUUGGAGAUAUUGAUCUUUUAAGGCGUUUUUUUUACUAAGGAUUGAAGUGAUGUCAAUAAACGAUUGACCUAUUUAAUAAGUGUA